GGUUUUAAUGGAUGUGGACCGAUUGGGCAACCGUCAAUCUUUCAAUGCAGCUUUCCGGAAGCUUGGAUUGGACUGUGCAAAUUGGAGCCAACCAGUUUAUCAGGAUCUUGUAAAGAAGAGCAUUGGUGAUGAAGAAAGGAUGUUGGUCUUGUUCUUUAACAGAAUUGGUUGGCCCACAUCACUGCCUACGAGUGAGAAGGGGCCGUUUAUGAAAGGUGUUCUGCGCGAGAAGAAAAUUGCAUUGGAUGAACUUGUCAUGUCAAAAACCUUACCUUUAAGACCUGGUGUUGAAGAAUUUAUUGAUGAAGCAUGUGAAGAAGGUGUCCCGGUAGUGAUGCUGACAGGCUACUGUAAAAGUGGGGAGAAACAAGUCAGAUCUAUCAUUGAGAAGCUUGGAAAUGAUAAAAUGGCAAAGAUAAAAAUAAUUGGAAUUGAUGAGGUAAAACGAAGUUCCUAUGGCCAAAUUGUAUUUGGAGAAGGAGUGACAUCUGACCUAGGUGAGCAACUGGCUAAAGAAGCAAGAAAAGCAGUUUCCGCUGAGGAGCAAAGAAUUGCUAAGGAGGUUGCUUCCAUGCUAAAGUUGACUGUCGACAUUGAUACUACUUCAAGUGAAGGUUGGAGACAAUAUUCAGAAGCAUUUGGGGACUAUCUGGAAUUCAUGCAUAUUUGUAUUGAGUGCGUAGUGCAAUUUGGCACACAAUUGCAGAAUGUUGUGGCUGCAUUAAGGGCAGGAGCAGAAUACGCAAAUGUUCCUGUGGACAAUUGUGUGCUUGUUUCCGGAAGUCUACCUGGGGUUGCUGGAGCAGAGCGAAUUGGCAUGCCUUGCGUUGUGGUCCGGAGCAGUUCAACGGCCAGAGCUGAGUUUCCUGGAGCUAAAGCAAUAAUGGAUGGAUUUGGUGGUGCGGAUUUAACAAUUUCUAGGCUGCGACAAAUACAGGGGUCCUGAUAUUCCAUUCAUAAGCCAAAUCCUGUAAAACUUUUCAAGUUUAAAAGCUAGUGUAAUUGCGAUUCUGUAAAACUUCUAUCUUUGAAAUAUGCAGCAUGUUAAAAUGCAGUACCAUCCAAUGGCCAUUGACCCUUUCGGGAAUUACUUCUCAAUAUUGGGCUUCAUUUCA